AUGGCUCCGAUUCGGAGAUAUCUCAGGAUCAGCAAGUACUCCGUACUUGAAUGUCGCAUUUACCUAGAGAAUCCUUCAGACGUGCGAUGGCUCUUGGACCGUCGAGAUCCCGUUAUUGUACGAGUAUUCUCCGCUAUUCGACCUCUGGUGCUGCCGAAGCUACGCGAGGAGAACGCGAGAGCAAUGGCGAAGAAAAAGGAUAAACCCGUCAAAGACGUUAUAGUCGAAGAUGAAUUUGAGGUCGCUAUAUUCCUCCGUGAAUCUCGCACGCGUCACUCUCUCCUUACAAAACAGAAAGCAUUCGAAGGGGCAGGCGAUACGAGUCAAAAGAAAACCGCGCAGACUGGUUCAAAUGCUUCAGCGAAUGCUCCAGCCAGGAUCUUGGUGGAGAGUGACAGCGGGUCAGAAUUUGAUUUGUAUAAUGUCCCCGAAGCCUCUAGGGAUAUUGGCAGUGAUAUUCCAUCCAAACGUCGGCGAGAACCUGAGCAACUGGGUGCCUCACAGGAGGAUACCCAUACAUCGAAGAGAAAGAAGAAUCUUGAUACCGCAGCUGAUGAAGAUAAGAAGCUGGAUUUUCAUACGAAUUACGAGAGCUUCAAUAUCUGCGGAUGGGUAUUGUGCCUCCUUGUCACGCGUCGAGGCGAGAAGGUUGUCGCCAAAACUGCUGCAUCGGAACCACCGAGGCAAGCUCUGAUGGAAGAAUGGAUUUCUACCCAAGCGGAAGCGAAUCCUGACGAAGUUUGA